AUGACCACCGAAUCUGCACAGGAAUUGAGGAACAGACAAGCCAAGUUCACCACUGAGCUGCACGGUGAAGAUAUCGGCUCGAAAAGCGGGCUCAAGGCCUUUCUCUCCAAAAACAAGAGCGCACAGACAGAAGCUGUGUCGAAGUAUCUGCGCCAUUGGGACGGCAAAACCGACGCAGAGGCUGAGCAGCGACGUCUUGAGGACUACAACGAGUCCACACACUCGUACUACAACGUGGUGACCGAUUUCUACGAGUACGGAUGGGGUUCGUCGUUCCAUUUCAGCAGAUUCUACCCGGGCGAGAGUUUCGCGGCCAGUGUGGCCCGUCACGAGCACUUCUUGGCUUACAAGGCCGGCAUCAAAGCCGGCGACUUAGUUCUAGACGUUGGAUGCGGUGUUGGAGGUCCUGCGCGCGAAAUCGCCCGUUUCACCGGCGCCAACGUCAUUGGACUUAACAACAACGACUACCAGAUCGCUAAGGCCAAGUACUACGCCAAAAAGGCCCAAUUGGCAGACCAGCUGGACUUCGUCAAGGGCGACUUCAUGAACAUGCAAUUCGAGCCCGAGACCUUCGACAAAGUGUACGCCAUCGAGGCUACUUGCCACGCACCCAAGCUGGAAGGCGUGUACGGCGAAAUUUACAAGGUCCUAAAACCCGGUGGAGUUUUCGCCGUGUACGAAUGGGUCAUGACCGACAAAUACGACGAGACCAACCCAGAGCACCGCAAAAUCGCGUACGAGAUCGAGCUUGGCGACGGUAUCCCCAAGAUGUUCCCUGCUGAGGCGGCACGCAAGGCGUUGUCGACCGUGGGCUUCGACAUCAUACACGACGAAGACUUGGCCGACAACGAAGACCCAGUCCCAUGGUACUACCCAUUGACGGGCGAGUGGAAAUACGUGCAGACUUUGUCGGAUGUGGCCACUUUCUUCAGAACCUCGUACAUCGGCCGUAAGUUCACGACGACAAUGGUCACACUCAUGGAGAAAGUUGGCAUUGCCCCCAAGGGCUCGCGUGACGUGACUCUAGCGCUUGAGGAGGCCGCUGUGGGGCUUGUGGCUGGUGGCAGAAGCAAGCUAUUCACACCCAUGAUGUUGUUUGUGGCCAAGAAGCCUGAAAACUGA